AUGGAUAUCAAAAUCAAACGCAGGGAACAUAUGAAAGAUGCAAUAUGGACAGUAAGUAGCUUCAAGGAUGGCAGGGAGUUAAAGAGCUAUAUGAAGAAGCAAAUUAAGCGAAGGGCCGAUGGCAUUGACGCCCAGGACGCUAUCAAGAACGAAGGAAGUAGAAAGCUGGCAGCAAGAACAGAGAGGGACGGAAGGUUUUAA